AUGUUGCUGGUAUCUUCGUUGCGAUACUUUUUAGCGAAGGUGUUGUUUAGGGGCGUGUCGGCGUGGUGGUACAAGACUAGCUUCACGGGUGCGCUCCUGAGCUAUGCUAUCGUUUGCCAAAAGUCCCUAGGGACCCCGCAACCUACUUUGGCGUACAUCAACCGUGCGAUGAUUGAUGAGAAUGUGCAAUAUCUGCUGCUUGCUUUCUUCUGGUGGACGUCGAAGCCGAUUACGCUUGCUUUGGUGCCAUACACGAUCUUUUCACUCUUCCAUGCUUUGACAUUUACGCGUACGACCUUGAUGCCGCGCAUCUUUCCCCAAGGCCCUCCGGCCACCGCUGGUGGUACCCCUACUCCUCAUCCCGCGCAGAAGAGGCUGCAGAUGUGGGUCAAAGCUAACUACGAUACUGCGAUGAGGAUUGUUGCAUACACCGAGCUGGUGAUAAUGCUUCGCGUGUUUCUGGGUGCACUGACAUUCCGCAACUCGCUGAUCGCUCCGAUCAUCUUCGCUCACUUCCUUCGUGCGCGCUACCACCAGUCGAAGUUUACCCAGGCGUCCAUCGGGCAAAUCAAUUCAUACGUGGAAGCCUACGUUCGCAAGCCGACGACGAAUUCGAUGAUUGUGUACGCGUGGGAUCAGUUCAAGGCGGUGCUAUUUCGCUGGGUCGGGAGCACGUUCGUGCCACCGAACGCGGCGGGUGCUGGUGCGAGGAGGCAGUAAAGAAAUGACUGGUUCGU